UGCAACAUGCAUAUCAGGAGGAAGUGAGGGUGUGUAAUAAGCUCUGAUGAGUGUAUAACCACUCACAUGUACUACUAACACCAGCAACACUCUUGUGGUAUCCAAACCAAGUCCUACUGUCUUCUCGAACAGAUUCAAGUUCCGAAGAGCUGCUGAUCUUCGGUGCUCUGUAAAAACAUGGCCAUGAACUGGACGGCGGGUACGCAGUGCGUCGCCAAAAAGGAGAACAGCAAACCUAAAGCUGGGGAAAUACUGUAUCACAAAGGCGAUAUCUUGACUCUCGUGGGGCCUGGAACGAGAAAAGGAGAAUACAGAGCCAGACAUAACACAACAGGAGACGAAGGGCUGGUUUCGGGUUCAAACUUCAGAGAAAGGGAAGCCCUCCGUAUAGACCCAAAAUUGAGCCUUAUGCCAUGGUUUCACGGCAAGAUAUCAGGACUGCAAGCCGUCUGCAAACUCAAGCCCAUGGACGACGGGCUUUUCUUGGUGCGAGAGUCCGUUCGGCACCUCGGCGAUUUUGUGCUGUGCGUCUGCUUUCACCAGAAGGUCUUCCACUACCGGGUCAUCUUCCAAAACAACAAACUGACCAUCGACAACAAGGAGUUCUUCUACAACCUCAUUGACAUGAUAGAGUUUUACAGCAAAAAUCGAGGAGCCAUCGCUACUGUUCUGCUGAAACCCAAGAAGAAGGAAGGAACUAAAUCUGCCGAGACAAAGCUGUUGAAAUCUGGCUGGCUUCUGGAUCUCUCGAAGCUGACGUUAGGAGAGGUCAUCGGAGAGGGCGAGUUUGGUGCCGUGUUCGAGGGCGAAUACGCAGGUCAGAGAGUCGCUGUGAAGAACAUCAAAUGUGACGUAACCGCUCAGGCCUUCCUCGAAGAGACAUCGGUCAUGACAAAUCUCCAUCAUAAGAAUCUGGUGCAGUUAUUAGGGGUGAUUCUUCACAACGGACUUCACAUCGUCACAGAGUUAAUGACGAAGGGCAAUCUGGUGAAUUUCCUCCGCACACGAGGACGUUUCGCCGUAAGUGAGACUCAGCUGCUGCGCUUCGCACUAGAUGUUUGUGAAGGUAUGGAGCACCUGGAGUCAAAGAAGCUCCUGCACCGAGACCUCGCCGGACGCAACAUCCUCGUGUCGGAGGACGGCGUCGCCAAAAUCAGCGAUUUCGGUCUGGCCAAGGUCAGUUCAACGGCAACCGACAACUCAAAGUUACCCGUCAAGUGGACGGCACCCGAAGCCCUGAAGAGCAAGAAGUUCUCCACUCAGUCAGACGUGUGGAGUUAUGGAGUGCUUCUGUGGGAGAUCUUCUCCUUCGGCCGACAGCCGUAUCCCAAGAUGACGGUGAGUGAUGUGAGGGAGCGCGUGGAUCAGGGAUACCGCAUGGAGCCGCCGGACGAAUGUCCUCCUGACGUCUACGCCAUCAUGAUGUCCUGCUGGGAGACGGACCCCAAGAAGAGACCGUCCUUCCACAAACUCAGAGACAGACUGGAGAAAGAGCUGAGCAAACACCACACCUGAUGUUCAUCACCUCUUCACAUGUGUAUAAUGUAGAUUUAAUUUAUUAUUGAUCACACUUUAUAUUGACUGGGUGAUGCAUUUCACCUUGAAAUCAUAAGAUGAACUAAACUUUUGCAGUUUUUUUCUCCAUUGUAUUUGCAUGACAGUGAAAAACAUUUUAAGUCCGUCCUUGAAAGUUGUAGUUAAUUAUUCUCAAAAGUGUUUUCUAUUAAAGUAAUAUUACUGAUUUAGUUUUUUAUAUUUUUUUAUUUUAUUUUAUUUUUUUUUAUUAUUAAUAGACUGUAAUGCAGAAUUUAUUUGAUUUAAAAUAGUAUAAAAUAAAUAGUACAGCAAAUAAUAUCAUAAUGUAAAUGUUUUAAAAAAGUAGUUAUCCUCAGAAGUAGUCCUGUAAUAUUAUUGAUUUAGGUUUUUUAUAUUUUUUUAUUUUUUUAUAAAUUAUUGAAUUAUUAAUACACUGUAAAACAGACUAGAUUACAGAUUUUGUAUGAUUUUAUUUUAUUUAAAUCAAUAUAAAGUAAAACAGUACAGCAAAUACUCCCGUUAUGUAAAUACAUUAGAUAAUUUAGCAUUAUCUUACAUAUAAUUAAUUUUUUUAUUUUAUUUUUAUUUUUUGGGUGGAAUUGUUCUUAAAUGCCACAAUGGUUUUAAAAAAUAUGUAAUUAUUUUCACUUCUUAGAAGUGUUUCCUAUUGCUCUAAUAUUUAGUUUUUUAAUAUAAAAGUUUUCAUAUUUUUAUUAUUUUAUACAUUAUUUGAAUUAUUAAAACACUGCAAAAACAACUGCAUUUUUUAUUAUUUUAUUUAAAUCAGUAUAACGUAAAGCAGUGCAAUAAAUAAUGCAAAUAAUCCCAUUAUGUAAAGACUUUAUAUAAUUUAGCAUUGUUUUUCAUAAACAUUUUGUUAGAUUUUUUUUUCUUGUGGAAAUGUUCUUAAAUGUCAUGAAAAUAAUGUCACAAUGGUUUUAAAAAUAUGUUUUGGUUUUCAGUUAAUUUUGGGGUGAAAUAAGACUCAUGUUUGACAGGUUUCACCCAAGCAGUGAAAUGCAUUAUUCCUACACUGUAAAAAAUAAUUUUCAUGAUUUAUCACAUUUUUUCUUUUAUCAAAUCAACUUCAAUAAUUAAUGUGGUUCAGAUAACAUCAUAUUUUGAGUUUCUGUUGAUUAAACCAGUCGCCUUCGUUAUUUCAGUGAACUUUAAGGCAACAAAAUAACUUACUUUUUUAAGUUAAACCAACAAUUCUUUUUUAAAGUGUAGAAGAUUUCAGUCCUCAAUGAGGUCCUGUAGAAAAAGAGACUUUCUGCUCAUGUAUAUUCAAUUCAGAAAUGUAUUUAUUUAUUGUAACAACAGUAAUAAAUUUUUCUUAAGGA